CAAGCAUCAGCAAACUUUGUGAGCACAACAUAUUUUGAGCACAACAUAUUUGAUUGCAUGUUUUGAGGCAGCAGGAAUCAGAACAACAAUGAUGAUCACAGUCCACUUCACUUUGCUCCUGCUCUGGGUUACACAAGAUUCUGUGAGCUGUCUUCACACAACAACACCCAUUGGUUUCUUGGCUGUAGCAUUAGGGGACUCUCUUACAUUAAACUGCACCUACAAUUGCUCCACUGGAUUUAUUCGUGGCUGUUGGAGUAAAGCAUCAGAUGACUCUGUCUGUCACGGGACAUUCAGCAAAAACUUUUGCACAACAUCCCUUCAUCUAUCAAAUGUGUCCACUGAAGAUCUCGAGAAGAACUACACUUGCUACACACAAGCCACAGAUGACCCGCUAAUUCCACAAAAAACAGAGCGGAUUGUUUUACUGCAACUGAAAGCUCAAACAAGCACCCCAAACUGGACAGUUGCCCCAAAGACUGGAACUAAAAAUGCAUCUCUUCCUGCUAUGCCAAAAUAUUCAAGUGGAGGAGAAUUUACUGGAAUUAAGGUUUUAGCAACAGUUACGGUUGCUGUGGCCAUGGUGCUUGCAGCAUUGGCUGUUUACUUGUGUCUGAACCGGAGCAGACAGAGCUGGGAUGAUAAAGGGGGGGCUGUUGUGUCAAGGUCUGGCUCGCCACUGCCAACUCACGCUGUCCCCUCGCCAGUGAAGGGGUCACUUUCAACACAAAGUGAAAGAGUGACUUUGAGAAUUCCUACAUCAGACAAUGAGAGCGACACUGAGGUUCCAUACGCUGACAUAAUGAUCACUGUCCGAGGUGUCAGUACACCAGAGCUCACCCAGGUCUGCUACUUGACUCCUGGAGAUCAAAAAGAGUGGUGGGGAGAUGAAUCCAGGUGUCACCUACAUGCCUCCCGGUCAGCUGACAGACUGCAUGUCCCCCAGCAGGUCAGCCGCAAGAUGAGCACCAACUCGGAGUAUGCAGUCAUCACAUAUGCCUGACUGAGGACAGCUGGUGCUGGGAGAGGACAGGAAGAAGAUAUUGCCUACACAUCUGGUUUUUGAUAUAGCCUACAAUAAUAAUACAUGUCUUUUUUUCCCUUUCUUUUUAAAGAUAAUGCUGUUUUAUAUGACUCCUAUUGUUGUUGAUGUUGUUUUUUAGGUGUUCUGUGUUUGUAAUGAGCCCACUUUAACUUCCAAUAAAGCCUUUUUUGUAUGUGA